AUGCAAAGCGUUGUAACUAAAAUGCGAAAUCACGUUGAAACUGAAUUAACAAAAAAGUUGAACGCCAUAAAUGAAAAUAAUCUCACUCAUGACCCUUUACUUUCCAAGGCCGUGGAGUCAGCCCAGGCCCUGGCCAAGGAGUACGGUCAAAAAGGUGAAGACUUUAACAACGGUUUCAAUAACAUAACAAGAGACGAAUUCAGUAGACGUUCCAAAGUUGAACUCAAAGAACAAUUUAAGGACUUAAACUCUGACUUGAGAUCAAAAAUCAACAACGCCAGGGACAACGUGUCGCAUGAAGCCAAUAGGCUUACAACGUUGUCGGCCACGCAGAAAAGAAAUUUGGAGGAGACGAUUGAAUUGAUAAAACAGACGUGCACAUCGCUUAAGAAGUGCGUGAAUGAUAAGAUCAACAAAGACGUUACUGAACUAAUGAACAAUGUGGAGAAGAGGGUUGCAGAAAUUUUGAAGGUGCUCAAAGAGAUUGAAAGUAAGAUAAGAGAGUAUAUUGACGAUUUGGCAAAGUGGAUUAACCAUGCGGACAUAGACGUGGGAAAGGCAAUGAAGGAUAUGAAAGGAAUUAUUGAUAAAAGUAUCGGCUGGCAAAAUCAGGAUGAAAUCAGCGGCAAGGCAAAAGACUUGAGCAAAAAGGCUACUGAUCUUUACUGGAAAUUUGAGGGUGCAAAACGGUCAGUUGAGGAGGGAGUUGAUAAGGCCAAAACGGAAAAAGUUAACGAGUUGACCAAGUGGAAAGCAGCGGGCGACGCAGCUGUUAAGCAGGCGAAGGAGAAGUGUGAUGAGAUAGUUGGGAAGUUGAAUGGAGGGGAUACUGAGAAAGACGUUGGUACUAAAGGAGGCGUAAAAGAUGCAGCUGAGCAGUUGAAAAGCAAAGCUGAAGAGUUACGAGGGAAGGCGUUGGCUACAAAGCAGAAAGUUGCGGAGUUGGUCAGGGAGGCAUUGACGGCGGUGAAAAGGAUGGACGAUGCGCUGAAGAAGAAUCUACUCCCCGCGGCGAUCAAAAAGAUUGAAAACGAUCUGAACAAAAAUGCAGAUUAUUUGAAAAAUGUUGACAACGAUGGAAAUGGCGAUCAAAACUUCCACAACACAACCUUCUCCACCCUGCGCUCCACCGUCGACACCAGCCUCACCGCCUUCACCGACAAUGUCAGGAACCUCGUUAAAAAAGAAACCGCCGGCGAUGACACUGACAGUGUCCACGCCUACCUGUUGGAUUUGGAACGGAUGCUUAAUCAGAAUCCCGUUGACCUUAAGACCGACAUAAAAUCUGCCCACAAAUCCGUCCAAGGCCUCGUGACGAUCAAGCAGGAAAUCGACGCCGCGCUCGACGGCAUCGACAGCAAAGUUAAAGCGGAGUUUGGUGCUGCAAAUACAGCCACGGAAAGUGCAACUAUUUUCAAGAAAUUGUCCGAAGAAGUAACAAAUAAUCUUAAGGGCUUAUUAAAAGCGUUUGCUGAUAGAGGCCAAGCCGUAGAAAAGGCUCUGCAAAAAAUAAAGGAUGAGAAAAUCGGCCGUAAAGAACACGGUGACAAAUCUGCGGCUACUAGGGGCACACUCCAAAAAAUCCACGACGACAUCGUCAACGUGCUUCGCGAUCAACUGGAACCUGUCAUCACAUCGGUCACUGAACUACAACGAUUCGCCCAAAACGAAAAGUAUAAAUGCAUCAGCAGUAUACACGGUUUCGUCGACAAGGAAGUCCAAGAAGCAACCAACAAGCUCAUCACCCAGGCCAACAAAAACUACGUGACGUCCGUCAAAGACAUGCUGCAGGCCUUCGCCGACAAGGUGCAGAGGGAACUAAAGCUCCUGCCCGGCGAGAUUGACACCGACAGGAAGCACGGCUUUAAGGGUUUCAUGCGGACGUUGCAGGGGAGGAUUAAUGGUAAUGAUACGUCGAAUGUGAAUAUGCAAUUACUUAAAGAAGUUGCAGACGAACUAUCCCGGCCACCACUGGAUAAUAAAGCAACGUUUCAAAAGUUGUCCAAGAAUUUCCAAAAGUUUUUCUGGCCGCUUAAGGCAUAUAUUAACGGUGAAAUUAAGAGACUACAUAACGAGGAAAAUAAAAAGAACCAAAAGACUCCAACUGAAGAGACGCUAUACACCUCGAUGCUUGGUGACAUCAAUGCCUCAUUUAAUGACUUACUUGAUCACCUCAAGGAAACAAAUAGGUACGAUAGUCAGGUACCUGAGAUGCUCGAUAAGUUGAGUGGCGCGAUCAGCAAAAUGAAACCGGAAGACUUCUCUAAGCCAAACACUCCGACAAUGGACAGUGUCACCGGAGGUUUGUCCCAGUUUGUAGACGAAUUGAGGAAGGUUUACAUAAGCGUGUAUGAUCAUCAGACGUUGAAAGGCGAGCUAAUUAAAGACUAUAAACAAGAAUCUAGUCUAAGGGGGGUAGUGGAGAAGUAUGACUUGACUGCGGAAGGAAGGGAUUUGUCAAAAGUCUUCCUCACCAUGAUCUCAAUCAUGUCUAACGAUGUUAGUGAAAUGCGAUCAAAAUGCGUCUAUUCAUGGAAAACGUUUAAACUUAACUUACAUGACAAAAAUAAUCCUCUCGGAUUGUGCUUUAAAGGGGUCGGUUACGCUGUAUCAGAUUCUGCCAGAAUGCAAAACGGUGAACUGCGUAAUGAAAUGAGUUGCCAAAGUAUUAAUGAGAAAUUAAAAGCAAUGGUCAACGGAAGUGAGAAGCUUAAACAAGUCAAACAUUGGCUGUCAUCUAACCACAAUCGUGAUAAUGGCGAUGAAAAAACUAUCAGCGCAAUUGACAUACUUGACUUCCUGUAUGAUUGCCUUGAAACGUAUUACCGUGUCUGCCACGUAACCAGUUCCUCAACCGGCAGACAUCCAUCGUCCGUCUACGAUAUGCUGCUUUGGCUGACUGGUCUCACGCAUAAUCGCGUGUACACAGAACUGACACUCAACGGCUUCGAAGAUCUAUUUGAAAAGCCGGACGAAGGUGCCGUUGAAGCUAAUACGGAAGACGGUAUAGCUGUUGGUGUUGAAAAAGAAGUAUCCCUGGCAGCCUAUCCUCACGAUAUCACGGCUCCAAGAUUAUCGGCCAGCCUUCGCGAUGUUUGUGUCUACUCGGAGACCAUACUAGUUGCCGUACUAGGCUAUGGUCACGCAGAAGGACGUUACGCUUGCGACUUCAACACCAACGCAGAUAAAUUUGCAUAUCCCGCCGAUAUGAUAACACUAGUAUGCUGCUUGUUUGAUAUCGUGACACGCGUUCACCAUCAACUUUAUUUCCUGUAUCGUCAAUGUUAUUCCAGUGAUCUCAGCGGCUGGGCCAACUGCUGGUAUGGUCGUGAUAUCGGUGGGUCUAACUGGAAGUGCAACAACAUCCAAUGCCCUGAGCAACGUGCUGACCAAAGUCAUAACCAAAGUUGUAACCAAAAGUGCAACCAAACAGUCAACUGCGGGCUUAAGUCGCCGCUUCAAUCGUUUUUAGAAGAUGGGUUGCAGGGUUUCCUACCGCAUCAUCUAAAAUUCGAGAAAGGUAAACUGCAAUGUUCAUUAAAAAAUCACUCCGGUGGUCCUUGUAAUACGCCCAUGGGAUUCGGAGAAAUUAGUCAAAUGGCGUCACACAGAUACACUGGUGAACAUAUAUUGAAUACGCUUCAUGAAUUCUGCGGUAGCAAAAUGUCGCCUCUAACAAAACUCUGCAGUCAACUCAAAUGCAUCCUCCCUAGUGCACCGAAAACUUUAGGUGACAUGUUCGCUUUCUAUUGCACUCUGCUUAAUGAGUGGGACAAGGCUGCCGGAACACGUCAGAUGCACAGGGAAGACGCAUUCCAUAAAGCUGUCAUGGAUUCUAACUUCGAGAAUCCCCAAACCGAAUUGGACAUCACUACCAUAUUCAAGCACAGGGACCAUGGCACGAAGCCCCCAAGCCAGAAGAGCUCGCAUAUUACGGGCGAUCUAUACGCACUUGUUGAUUGCCAUACCAAUUCAUCAUCUGUUUCAUCUCAUCCUUGCGGUCCAUACUUGAGGCCGAUUUGUCAAGAUAUGUGCGCUACUUUCACAAAAGAAAAUGCAGACAAAUAUCUGUCUUGGAUUGUCUACUGCACAGAGUCAUUCCUUGAUUUGCUAAAACAGCUGUACAAAGAAUGCGCUACUAACUGCAAUUCUACUGGCUCUAGGUGCCGUGUCAGUAAAUGUAGGAAUAAAUGUACAGCAACUGAGUUGCCGAUGUCUCCAGGUUCUGCUCAUGAUGAAUCAUGUGGAUCCAUAGUUGACUGCAAAUUCAUGCGUCCCACUUUCUACAAAUAUGGUUUCGUACUUGGAGAUUGCAAUAGUCUAUCUGCCAAGACAACCAAGCGCACGUGCAAAGAUUUGUGUAUGGUAUUGAAAAGCGUUACCAAUGAAAAAGAAGUAGAUGGGCAUCCGCUUGCCAAAUUGGUCCAUGUCACAAUACCCCAAUUCAUCUUCCAAAUUCGCGCCCCCUUCAUCUGGCUCAACGUAGCGCUCUGGCUCCUCUCUGUCCUGUACCUCAUCCACAUCAUGGUCAUCCGCCUCGACCUGCUCCACAUCAAAUCGCAUUUGCACUCACCCUCAUCACAUCGUAUCGCCGCUCAGUCACUACUUGCUGCUGCUCGCGUUAACAAGCUUAACAGGGUGUUUUAUCUGCAACCAUAA